AUGGAAGAAAUGAAGCGUCGUGAAGUGGAAGCAUUCGAAAAAUACGGAGAAACGUUUCAAUUGAAAGGGCUUGCAAAAUAUAUUGUGGCUACGAUGGACCCGAAGGUGUGCGAGAAAAUUUUGGGUAAUUCAACGAGCUACUUGGAGAAAGCGACCCAUUAUUCAAUUCUUCGGGCAGUGGCUGGCAACGGUUUGAUUUGCAGUCCGGUGAAUAAAUGGCGUGGUCAACGGAAAAUCAUACAGCCAGCGUUCACCGCCAUGAAUAUGUUCAAAGGAUUUGUUGACAUAUUCGAUAAAAAGUCACAGAUAUUCGUUGGAUUGAUGAAAGAUCGAUGCGAUGGCCAAUUGAUUGAUAUCAAUCAUUCGAUAGAACGGCUCGCCGGUGAUAUACUCAUGGAGACGUCAAUGGGUUUACAGUCCAACGAUCAAGUCACACACAAUAGUGCAUACAUUCAAGCUAAUAAUACAUUAACGCGUUUGUGCGUCAAACGUAUCAGCAGCUAUUGGAAACGGUUCGAUAUUCUAUUCUCAACAUUUGCUGUGCGCGAGAAACGACUUCAUGACGAAAAUAUGGCGAUUGCACGCGAUUUUGCAAUGCAAGUCAUCGAAAAUCGGCGCAAAUUCUUGUUACAACAGAACACGGCCAAUAAUAGUGAUAGCGUGGAUCAAGAGGAUGGCGGAAAGGCGAAGGCGAUGUGUUUUGUUGAUACACUUUUACAGUCGGCUAUCGACGGUGAGCCACUUUCAAAUGAAGACAUUUUGGAUCAGAUGCACACCUUAAUGAUUGGGGGUCAAGAUACGACUGCAUUCACGAUUUCGAUAGCGCUGUUCUUAUUAUCGCGACACAAGCAUGUCCAAGACCAAGUCUACGGUGAAAUAAAAGAUGUUUUUGGCGGUGAAAAAAACAGCCCGAUAACUUAUGAGCAACUACUUGAACUGAAAUACAUGGAAUUGGUCCUGAAAGAAACGUUGCGUUUAUAUCCAGCAGUAACAAUAAUUGGAAGAAAUAUAGAUCGUGACUUGAAAUUAGAUGACGGCCGUAUAAUUCCCGCUGGCGUAGACGUUCGAUUAUACCUUGGCAUGAUGAUGCGAAACCCGAAAUAUUUCACUAAUCCGGAUGCUUUUUGCCCGGAGAGAUUUGCUUCGACGAACUUUAACCACUUCACCUAUGCUCCAUUCAGUGCGGGGAAAAGAGACUGUAUUGGCAAGAAAUUUGCCAUGUUCAGCAUGAAAACGGUCCUCGCACGUGUGUUGCAACAGUAUGAAUUGGUCGAAAUGGGUGAAGAUCCAAUUAUUCAAAAUGGACUCGUCUCUCGGUCGGUCAAUGGAUUUCAAAUGGCAUUCAAGCUCAGGGACGAUGUGCAAUGUUAA